GUCGUGGUCUGCUUGUGUCUGCCCGGCAGGUAUGGACGAGAAGGGCGAUCCGAGCGGGGAGGAUGCGCCCAGGGCCGUCAAGCCCACCAGCAAAGAGUUCAGGAAGACGUGGGGGUUCCGGAGAACCACCAUCGCCAAGCGCGAGGGCGUGGGGGAGGUGGAGUUGGACUCCCUGGAGCCGCAGCCGCAGCAGCAGAGCCUCUCCCUGCGGCGCAGCGGGCGGCAGCCAAAGCGGACGGAGCGGGUGGAGGAGUUCCUCACCACUGUCCGCCGCAGAGGCAGGAGGAGCGCCCCUGUCUCCCUGGAGGACCCCGGCGAGCCCACUUCGUGCCCCGUCACAGACGCCGAAACCGCCUCUGAAGGGAGCGUGGAGAGCGCCUCCGAUGUGAAGAGCGGGCCCAAGGCCAGCUCUGCGGGCGCCAGGGGCCGCCCGGCCCCUGCAAAGGCCAGAGGGGGCGGCGGUGAGGACGACACCUCUGACAGCGACAGCGACGGCUUGACCUUGAAGGAGCUUCAGAACCGGCUGCGGAGGAAGCGAGCGCAGGAGCCAGCCGACGGGCCCGCCAAGGGCCCGCAGAGCAGGCUGAGGAAGAAGCGCCGGGGCGACGAGCCUCCUGAGUCUGUGGACGGCCAGGCGGGCGGCCCCGUGGAGGGCUCACUGCCUGGCCAGCAGGAGCCCGAGGCUGAGCAGGGGGCCACGCCCCAGGUGGCAAGAGAGGCCAGGGAGAGCCGGCCAGAGGGGAGGGCGGCCCCGGGGCUUAAGGACGAAGAGGCUGGGGACGUGGUCAGACCCAAGCCCGAGUGUGAGGGCUACGACCCCAGUGCCCUGUACUGCAUCUGCCGGCAGCCCCACAACAACAGGUUUAUGAUUUGCUGUGACCGAUGCGAAGAAUGGUUUCAUGGCGACUGUGUGGGCAUUUCUGAGGCUCGAGGGAGGCUCUUGGAGAGGAAUGGGGAAGACUAUAUCUGCCCAAAUUGCACCAUCCUGCAGGUGCAGGACGAGAACAGCUCAGAGACUGCAGACCCGCAGGACGUGCGGGUGAGAGCUGCUGAUGCUGACGGCACCGACUUUACCAGUAUAGGAACCAUAGAGCAGAAAUCGAGUGAAGACCAAGGAAUAAAGGGCAGAAUUGAGAAAGCUGCGAACCCAAGUGGCAAGAAAAAACUCAAGAUAUUCCAGCCCGUGGUAGAGGCUCCUGGCGCCUCCAGGUGCAUCGGGCCUGGUUGCUCUAGCGUGGCGCAGCCCGACUCAGUUUACUGCAGCAAUGACUGCAUCCUGAAGCAUGCUGCCGCCACCAUGAGGUUUCUGAGUGCGGGGAAAGAGCAGAAGCCGAAGCCUAGAGAGAAAGCCAAGGCAAAGCCCGAGAAGCUCGUUCUUCAGAAAUGCAGCGCUCAGGCAGGCAUUAAAAUCUCUUCUGUGCACAAGAGGCCAGCCGCAGACAAGAAGGAAGACACGUUGAAGAAGGCGGUGGCCGCCCCUCCCAGGAGUGAGGGCCUUACCCAGGAGGCCACUUGCGAGAGCAGCAGCACACCGUCCUGGGCGAGUGACCACAAUUACAAUGCAGUAAAGCCAGAAAGGACUGCUGCCCCCUGGCCGCCUCUGUUGUGUAAAUCAGGGAAGGAGGACAGGCGCACGGAGGAGAAGACGGUGGUGGCGGCGGCUGCAGUGCCGAAGAGAACGGGUCCUCUGGGCUCCUUGGGGGGCGGCAAACAGCCCUCGCCCAGAAAUCUCGUCCCAAAGAAGUCCCCUCCUUUUGCUGGCACAGCAGCGGGCAAAGCAGCCAUCAGAAAGCUUCCCUUGGGCCUCAAGGGCGCCAGCCCCAAGAGGCGGUGGCUCUCAGCCGCCCCUGCAGGCAGUGCUCCUGCCACCAAGCCUGCAGGGCUGGCGCCCAGCACCGCCACAUCUGCCCCCAGACAGUUCCCCGGCUCUGCUGCUUCAGUGGGGGCAGCCAGGAAGCCUGGGGCUGCUGCUGUCCCCCUGGCCUCCCCGGCCCCUGGACGUCUAGGCACCUCAAGCGCCGCCCCAUCACAGCCAAAUUCACAGAUUCGGCAAAACAUACGACGCUCCUUGAAGGAGAUUUUGUGGAAAAGAGUCAGCGACAGUGAUGACCUAGUCAUGACCGAAAACGAGGUUGGGAAAAUUGCACUGCACAUCGAGAAGGAGAUGUUUAACUUGUUCCGAGUGACAGACAACCGGUACAAGAGCAAGUACCGCAGCAUCAUGUUCAACCUCAAGGACCCCAAGAACCAGGGGCUCUUCCACCGUGUUCUGCGCGAAGAAAUCUCCUUGGCAAAACUUGUGAGGAUGAAGCCAGAGGAACUUGUAUCUAAAGAGCUCUCUGUGUGGAAGGAGAGGCCGACAAAAUCUGUGAUGGAGUCCAGAACUAAGUUGCAUAAUGAAAGUAAGAAGCCUGCUGCGAAACAGGAGGCUGCCCCCGACCUGGAGGAUUCUCCACCCGUGUCAGACACAGAGGAGCAGCAGGAGUCGGCGCGGGCAGCCCCCGAGAGGAGCCCGGCGCCCCCCCUGGACGUCUUCAGCAGCAUGUUGAAGGACACGACCAGCCAGCACCGGGCGCAUCUCUUUGACCUGAACUGUAAGAUCUGCACAGGCCAGGCUCCCGUGGCUGAGGAUGAGCCGGCCCCUAAGAAGCAAAGGCUGUCCGCUUCUGCUGGGAAGGAGGAGCCCAAGCCCAAGCACGCCAGCGCUCCGUCUGAGCCGGCCCUCAGCUCGGCUGGCGAGGCAGCUCCAGAGGCCCUGCCUGACAGCACCUCGGAGCCGGGCCUGCAGGGAGAGUGGCUCCCAGCGCCUCCAGGGGACGGCCACCUCGAGGCCUCCACCCUGGGAGACACCCCCUGCCCUGUCUCCUGUGGUGGCGGUGUGCUCACCACGGUCACAGUGUCCGGCAGAGACCCCAGAACCGCCCCGGGCGGGCCGUGCGCCAUCUCAGCUCCCGCAGCAGCCCGCCCAGACAGCGCCCCCCCGGUGGAACCCCGGCAAGACAUCCUGAAGCCUGCAGUGGCCUCCGUGACAGUGCCCAAGUCCAUCCUGGCCAAGCCGUCCGCGUCCCCGGAGCCCAGAUACCUCUUGUCAGUCACUCCGUCCCCGAGCGUCAGCACCUCAGAGUCACGGUCCCCUCCAGAAGGAGAUACAAGCCUCUUCUUGUCUCGACUCAGCACCAUUUGGAAAGGAUUUAUUAACAUGCAGAGUGUAGCAAAAUUUGUCACAAAGGCGUAUCCUGUCUCUGGAUGUUUUGAUUAUCUCAGUGAGGACCUGCCCGACACAAUUCACAUCGGUGGGAGGAUCGCCCCGAGGACGGUUUGGGAUUAUGUCGGCAAACUCAAGUCUUCUGUGUCUAAGGAGCUGUGUCUGAUCCGCUUUCACCCCGCGACGGAGGAGGAGGAGGUGGCCUACAUCUCUCUGUACUCCUAUUUCAGCAGCCGCGGCCGCUUCGGUGUGGUCGCCAACAACAGCAGGCACGUCAAGGACCUCUACCUGAUCCCGCUGAGCGCCAGGGACCCCAUCCCGUCCAAGCUCUUGCCUUUUGAGGGGCCAGGUAAGCACUGACUUUCUGGUCCCUCACGUCCCCCCCCACCCGUGACACCGGGUCCUCAGACCGUGCCACUGGGCAGACCUGCUGCCUGGCCCAGCCGCGGCACUCGGGGCAGGACUGGGGUUCGGGGGCAGCAGCAUUAGCCACAGAACUCAGCUUCAGGGGUGUUUGAGGCUGGCACCAGAGCACCCGUAUUAUCAGCAUAGACUGUCUUAGAGAAGUGCCCUGCAGCAGAAGGACUUGCAGCAUCCAGGCCAGCUGCCUGUCGGAGCCUCAGUUCACACACAGCAGAGCAGGGACAGGUGAGGCCUGGCGGGUCCCCGCCUUCCCUCCUCCUGUUCAUGGGGGUUCAUUUCAAGGAGAUGCAAGAAACAGCAGUGAAAUAGAAAGGAGUUCUAGCAACAGUCACGCUUGCACCUGCCCUCGAGAGCUUCUCUCUGGCAGGCCUCUUUCUAGUUGCGCAUUCCUUAGAAAGCACUGACUCCGAAGGUUUACUCAGGGGUCAGCCUGAAAGCACACGCAGGCUUGUCCGGGGCUGGGGGAGACUCCGGGGGAACGCGGUCUCCGGGGGCCCAGUUCCUCUCAGCCCCUCAGGAGAGGCUGAUGCGACUUAAGUUGCAUGGAAAGCUGCCCAGGCGGAAGCGUCUCCACGGCCCCAAGGACUGACGACCCCUGAAGGCACGCCUGACUCGCGGGCAAUGCUCUCGGAGGCGUUCUGUUCUUCUAGCAGAGGGGCUGCCACCCAGAGCAUUGCUCACGCUGCCGGCGGCUCCGUGUCCUCGGCACGCGCUCAGUCACACGGCACCUGGACCAGCUAGGUGCCUCCCCGGGUCCCGACCAUGGCACAUUCUUAACACGUGUGGGGCUGCGCUCUUCAUGCCCACGACGUCCAGUGUUCACCAUGCGACACACACAGUUACUUUAAUGCCAGUGCCCUGGGAGCCAAGCGCACUGCUGUGCCCCACACCCCAGCCAGGAGGUGCCACCCAAUGGGUGGCAGAGGGGCCUCAGCAGAGGCUCUGGGCGGGCAGCCGCCUGGACACCUGCUCCUGAUGGCACCAGCGGUGAGGACGGAGCCGCCUCCUGACACCGCGAAGAGCGUCUGGUCAGUCACGAGGGCAGCGGCCGGUGUGGGGACCCAGGGUGAGCGUAGGUCCCCUGGGACGCACACACUGUGACGUCCAGAGACUGGAACUGGGAGGUGAUGAGAGCACCUUGAGCUUAUCUGUGCCCUCAUCACUGCACCUGCAGACUCCGUCCUGGUGCAGCCUGCCAGGUGAGCAGGGGCCCGCCAGGCCCUGCGGGGAGAGGGGCGGACAAGGUCAGGCCUGAUGAGGCGGGGACAGGAGGGACCGGGGGCCACCCAGGGAGAUCCCCCCACUGGAGCUGCAGCAGGAGCUGGCGUGUUGUGGGUGCACUGCUGGGCGAUGGCCCGGCUGGUGGGGGAGGGGCUGCAUGGGGCACUCCCUGGGUGACACAGAGGGCUGGGCAGGGACACUCGCCUCAUCCGCCAGGCGUGAUGGGCGCUGACCACCUGGACACACUCAGUGACCAGUGGAGUGGACAUCACUCUUGUCCCCCACAUUCCUGAGCCUGACGCUUCCAAAAGCCUGCGGAUUUUCAUCCACCAUCAGGAACAGAUGGGUUUCAUUAAAAUAAAGUAGGAAGAAGGGUUUUAGAUACACAAUUAUACAGAAAUUUCCCCAUAAGCUUUUAAAAGACGUUUUCCAAUUUAGGGGUUUCCAGGUCUGCGCUUGCGUGACCUGGUGGGUGUGUGUCUGCUCCUCUUGCUGUCAGGGUUUGACGCUGACACCUGUAUUCUCUGCACACUUGUACGCCAGCCUUGACCCCACCCAGGGUACCUACCUGAACCACUUCACAUACUCACAGCAUGACUUGGUGCCCCCUGGGUACAAGCGUUGGGGUGUCUGGGCCGGGUGGGGGGUGUGUCGUGUGCGUGCAUGAGCGUGUGCAAGGCUGGGCGUGUGUCCUGGAUUCGUGGUGUGCGUGUGUGGGGAAGGUGAGCCAGGGAGUGUCUCUCCCAUCUCCACACAGCACCCUUGAAGGCACUGGCCCAGCCUGAGGGUGGUGGAUCCCUCGGCCAGGUGGCCAGCGGGUUUGAGCACGUGCUGCCCGGCAAGCACUGGCCCCACAGCCCGGCAGGAGUGCCCUGCCCCCACGGCAGCCCUGCAGGAGGGAGCAGCCUGCCCUGCCCAAGGCAGCCUCUCGCCCGAGGUCACGUGCCCAGUAAGUGUUGCCAGGGUCCACACCCUCUGUUCCCCUCAGUUCUCUGUGCAGCGCACAAGGCUCAGGCCUGAGUGGGCAUGGAGCUCUGGCUUCAAGGGGCUGCCAGUCCACUGGAGGGGCUGACGGGUCGGCCACUGUGGGAGUGUGUGGAGGAGAAGAUGCUCACGCUGGAGUAGAGAGCGGAUCGUAGAGGCGAGAGACCAGCACACCCCAGGCCUGGAAGCCGUUUUAUACCUGUGAGAUCUCACAGGUGUCCCUCACCUCCUGAACAUUGGACAGAAUGAGUCACACUUGAGAAGCAGGUGAAGACACAGGUGUUUAAACCGUGCCCUGAGCCAGGGAGCCCCCGUGGGCUGCCCUCGGUCAGUGUCUCCACAGCGCUGUCAUGGGUCAGCGCAGGGAGCCGUGUCCAGGCGGAGCCCCAGCCCCAGCCCAGUCCCCUUCUGCGCUCAGCGCGCAUCCAGAGCCGCUCAGGCUCGGGGGACCUUCUGUCCUUGUGUGUCUUUAUGACUUGUCCCCAGAGAGGCUAGGGCACUGUCCUGUCACAGGCCUGGCAGUGUUAUUUCAGAGGCCAGGAGAAAGCCUGGGUCCCCUGACCCAGCUGACCAUCUUUUCCACUUUGGACAUGAGCUCAGCGCAGGGCCGUGGGGGCUGACAGCUGCACUCCUGGGGACUUGGGGUCUCAGCUGGUCCGAUGUCCUAGGGCCUUACUCGUGGAAGGAAGACCCAUCAGGCUGGACGCUGGCCCUGAGCACCCCACCCUUCCCUAGUGAAUCGGCGGGGCUCUGCUUCUCCGACUGGGAAGCCUGCUGAAUGCCCUCAAAGUCCAAGGCGUAGGCCGCGCUGCGCAGGGGGCAGGGUCACUGCCUUCUGAGGCGCUGCUGUGCAGGGGCCAUCUUAGAAGAGCUUAAAUCCGUGGCGUAUUCUUUCUGCACUCACUGUUACCUGCUUUCCAGAUUAGCUGGAAAUUGCUGUGACUUGAAAUGUCAGGUAAGCAUGUCUUCGGUCCCCGUGUGCGUGUGGACCUGUGUGUAGGUGUUGUCUUCAAAGUCAAAAUGGUAUCGAAUGUGCUUGUCUUUCUCCUUUGAAAUCAAUAAAAUUAUUUCAUGGAAACUGGUCAUUGUU